GGAGGGAAGAUGCAAGUUCAGGUUUGCACACAGGUUAAUACAACAGUUACAUAGGGAAGAGCGGAAGAGGCUUGGAGCCAGACACACUCUCUCAGCCUACCUUUCAGGGCUGUCGCGAGAAUAAGAAGGAGAGGAAUGACAUAUUCUGGGUGAAAUUCUCUGUUGCAUCUUGAGUUCUGAAUGCACUGAACUGGACUGAUUCUCUGCUACCUCCGUGAAGUGAGGAUUCGGAAUGAGAGGGAAAAGAGAGCGAGCCCAGGCAGGGCAUUACCUCCCUCACCAGCUGCGUCCCCUCGCAACAACCCAACCUUUAGACCAGUGGAGGGAAGCCCGGCAGGGAGAGGCGGCAAAAUGCUGAGGAGACAGCGCAGAGACUGCCUGACUGGAUUUUAGUCGCUGGCGCCAGAAUUUGCUGCCAGGGUUAGCGGCACGUCAAGCAGGCUGAGGGAGGAGCUUGAAGGUGGGGGAAUCAGGAGAAAAGGCAGCGAGACCUUCUGUCAACACGCAGUCCGUGGCAGCUCUCUCUCACGACCGCUGCGUGGAUGUUGAGCUCGCCUCACACACUCCCGAGUCCCGCUGGCUCUCUGCGCGCUCCGCUCAUCGGGGAAAGAAAGGCGGGAACGGAGAGAAGCAGCAACGCGGUUCAUCACUGGUGCUUCUGAGCACAAGAGGGUGUUCUGGGGUGUCUUCCUCUGAUUCCUUUGCUCCCUGCCUGGGACUGAGCCAUGGUGGGCAGCAUCCAAGGGGCAACUCUGGCAGCCGGACCCAGAGAGAGAAAGAACCCUCUUGGCGCUCAGCCUCUUUCCCUCCCUCCGCCCAGGCUGUGGAAACUUUCCCACUGCUAAGGAGCGAGAAAGCGUGCACACAUUCUCUCCCUGGACGUGUUUUUUUUGGUGAGGGACUUGUGGGACUGACUGUUUUGGACGCAGUGACCCCUCGAGGUACUUCUCGUGGGGCUGUUGUUAAAUAUAGGGGUGGGAGAGAGGAUUGUUCGUCUCUCUGGAUUCUUUGCGGGUGGAAGAAAGGAACGCCCCGAGUUUGGAAGGGCAUCUUUCUGAAGGGGUUUUUGAGGGAAGGAAGUGAAUGAACUGGUGUGUUUGGGCUCUCCUGCUUUGCCUAGUUUUCUUUUCCAUCUUCACAAACUUGGGCUGGUGUCUGAAGCUGCACAGAGUAUGGAUGGAGAGGCAGCUGCCACCUCAGUCUGCAUGAACCAGACAGGGAAAUUGUCCUGGCUGGGCUCCAAUGCCUCCUGGUCAUUCCCGGAACGGAUGGAGGAGGAGGAGGAUGCCAACUUCUUCUCUGAUAUAGGAAUUGAGAACUUUAUCACUUUGAUUGUCUUUGGCCUCAUUUUUGCACUUGGAGUGCUGGGUAAUUCAUUGGUCAUCACGGUGCUUGCCAGGAGCAAGUCAGGCAAGCCUCGCAGCACCACCAACAUCUUCAUCCUCAACCUGAGCAUUGCUGACUUGGCCUACUUGCUCUUCUGCAUCCCUUUCCAGUCAACAGUGUAUAUGUUACCUAACUGGGUGCUGGGCACAUUCAUCUGCAAGUUUACCCACUAUUUCUUCACGGUCUCCAUGUUGGUCAGCAUCUUCACCCUUUCAGCUAUGUCUGUGGAUCGCUAUGUGGCCAUUGUGCAUUCUAGGCGCUCCUCUUCCCUGCGGGUGUCCCGUAAUGCAUUGUUUGGUGUAGGGGCCAUCUGGUUGCUCUCUAUUGCCAUGGCCUCACCUGUGGCUCACCAUCAGCGUAUUGUCUACAAGGAAAUCAUUAACCAGACUUUCUGUUGGGAAGUGUGGCCCGAUCUUCAUCACAAGCAAGUCUACGUGAUCUGCACAUUUGUCUUUGGGUAUCUGCUACCUUUGCUGCUCAUCUCCUUCUGCUAUGCUAAGGUCAUCAACCAUCUGCAUAAAAAGCUGAGGAACAUAUCAAAGAAGUCAGAAGCAUCCAAGAAAAAGACAGCUCAAACGGUCCUGGUGGUGGUUGUGGUCUUUGGGAUAUCCUGGCUGCCACAUCAUGUUGUACACCUCUGGGCUGAAUUUGGAGAUUUCCCCCUGACUCAAGCCUCGUUUCUCUUCAGGAUAACAGCGCAUUGCCUAGCUUAUAGCAAUUCUUCUGUGAAUCCCAUUAUAUACGCAUUCCUCUCUGAGAAUUUCAGGAAAGCCUAUAAGCAAGUAUUCAAAUGCCAGAUUGGUAACAAAUCAUCUCUGAAUGAAGUUAAAGAAAGUAAGAGUGAAAUUUGACAGCAAAGAUCUUUCCCAGGCUCAACUUUGCCAUGAAGAAUACUGAACAUGGUAGUGCCUGGAUAGGAUCAAUAUUUUGCUCUGGAGGGGGAAAAUGCUAAUUUUAAGUCCCUCUUCCCUUUAAUAGUUUGUUGUUGCUUUUUGUUGCUUUUUUCUCGCUGAAGUCCUCAUUUUAUGACACAUCUUUUGCACAUUGCAUCCAAUUUAUUGGGAUGUGCCCAUAUGGCAUUAUUUUACGGGGGGGGGACCCCCUGCUUUAGCUCAUGUAAGAGGCUUUCUGUAUCUCAGUGGAAUUCUUGACUUUCCCCUCUUUGAGUGCACACUACAUAACAAACCACUUUAAAACUCCCAUCAGUUUCAAAAGCAGUCUGCCAUGUGACACUGGAGGUGGGGGUGGUUGGGAAGGAAAUUCUGUUCCAUAAGAAGUCUAAAGGUUAUUUAAGUUCAUGGAACCAGUUUCAUGAAUGUUUGGAUCCUGGCUGUCCAGGAUCCAAAGUAUUUCCAAAUUGAUAUGGCCACCUAUUGAAACAUUAAGAUAAUGGGUAAUCUUAUGGAGAAAGGUGCAGAAGAGAAGUUAAAAUCUUGCAAUCAGAAAAUUUAAGCAACAGGAGCAAUCCAAUUGACUAUGCAAAUUUUUCCAUACUAAUUUUUUAGUGGUAUGAAUCAGUUGGCACUGGAAUGAUCUUUUUGAGGAGCUGGUUUCAUUUUGCAUGUAUCAAUCAACUACAAAUAUAUCUUUCAAUCAACUACAAGUAUGGCACAAAAUCAUCUUUGUAUCAUUCCGUGAUGGGCUAGAGGCCAGGAAGCAACUGUUGUUACAUGAAAUGUCCUAUCUAGGCUUGGCACAUUUUUUAAAAAAUAAAUCUAUAUCUGCUUAGCCUGUACAUGAGCACUGAGAUUCAGGUUUGAUUUUGUGGGGUUGAGGAGCAGACUUGCUCUGCAUUGACCUGCAGGUGGUCAGGUGCUGCUUGUCCAUUUCCUCCCAGUCACCACUGUUUUGAAUGCAGCAUACAUUGUAUAUCUUUGUAUUUAGAGUGUGGCUCAAUGGUGAUUGAAUGUAAGGUUAAAAGGCUGAAAAUACAAAUGCAGCAGAAAGCCGUCAACAAGGGGCCAUGCUGGAGAGCAAUGUUACCCAAUAAUAUAAUCAUGAUAGUCCUAAUAUUUGCACAUCAAUUUCAUGCACUUUACUUAUACACAAGCUACAAAAAAUUUCCUCAGUUUCUUGAUCAGUAUAUAUUAUCUUCUCUCUUUUUGUAUAUAAAAAGCAUUUUCAUUC